GUCAUCCAAAAAUAGAUGGCCUCGCGGCAGGAGAAUGGGACAUGCUCUGUACCUCUAAAACAAGUUAUAAAUUAACCUUUCCUGGUGGAACAACACUGGUCAACAGCGUACGCCCAUGCUUAGAAAAGCCACAUUGGCAGGGAAAGGACGCUUGCGGCCACCUCUAACUUUUCCUCUGCUGCGAAGAUGGAUGAGGAGAAGUUUCAAGAUGACCUUCGGACUUACACAGGAAGAAAUACCUGUCAGAGACCCUUAUUCAUAAUCUACAUCUUGCUGGCUCUCUCCUACUUGCUGAUUGUCAUUGGCUUUGCAGUGACCCUCUCCAAAGCCGCAACACUGUCAUCGCAACUGAAUGAGACAUACAGCAAAAUAAAGAACAGCUUCUCCGCCCAUGAUUUGCACUUGUUCCCCUGUGGCCCUGAGGCCAGGCAAUGGGAGUACUUCAAUGGGAAGUGCUACUACUUCUCCAUAGCAGUUGUUCCCUGGCAACAGGCCAAGACGAAGUGUGAAGAGCAACACGCCAGGCUGGUUGUCAUUGAUGGUUUUCCCAAGCAGAACUUCAUACAGACCCGAACUAGGAACGAGCGCUUUUGGAUUGGACUUCAUGAGUUGCAAACAGAAGGAGAAUGGAAAUGGCUGGAUGGCAGCGACUACAGAACAGGUUUCAAGAACUGGAAGCAAGGAGAACCCAACAAUUACCUGCGACAAGACGAAGACUGCGCCCAAGUCUGGAUCAACGGAGAGUGGAACGAUUUCACCUGCAGCUCCAGUUGCUUCUAUGUCUGCGAGAGGGGUUUGCCGAGUGCCCCUUCAACAGUAUCCAGUGGGAAGUGAGCUCCUGCUUCCGUUUACCAUGAAGGAAGGAACAGAAGGGGGUGGGAGAUGAUACAGUAGUAGUGAGAAAAUAAAUUUUAUUUCAUUUGAGAAUUAGGGUUGUCAGACCCCCAUGGAGGGGGGGGACCCCGCUUUUGCGGGGCACUUCCCCGCCCCCAACUGACCCAAAACAUAGGACCUGGCAACCCUAUUAAGAGGAUCCCUACACAUUUCACAUGCAGCCCAAAUAAGAAUACUCUUUCAAUAAUAAUACUCUUUCAAUCGACUUUCCAUCUAUCUUCAAUGCACUUGAACAAUUGCUUGCUAGUGACUUUUGCCACUUCACACAGUACUUUCUAGUUACAAAUCACAUUGGAAGCACGGCUGCCCAACCUCCAGAGAUCUUCUGAGAUUGAAGAAGACGACUGUAGAUUUAUACCCCGCGGUCUCUCGGAAUCAGAGUCUCAGAGCAGCUCACAAUCUCCUUUGUCUUCUUCCCCACAACAGACACCCCGUGAGGUGGGUAGGGCUGAGAGGGCUCUCCCAGCAGCUGCCCUUUCAAGGACAACUGCGAGUGGAGGAGGGGGGAAUCAAACUCGGUUCUCCCAGAUAAGACUCAACACAUAACCACUACACCAAACUGGCUCUGUUGUAGCAAGAAAGAAGAAGACUGCAGAUUUAUACCCCCACCCUUCUCUCUGAAUCAGAGACUCAGAACGGCUUACAAUCUCCUAUAUCUUCCUCCCCCACAACAGACACCCUGUGAGGUGGUGGGGCUGAGAGAGCUCUCACAGCAGCUGCCCUUUCAAGGACAACUCCUGUGAGAGCUAUGGCUGACCCAAGGCCAUUCCAGGAAAUGCAAGUGGAGGAGUGGGGGAAUCAAAUCCGGUUCUCCCAGAUAAGGGUCCGCACACUUAACCACCACACCAAACUGGCUCUCUGAUCUCCGGGCAGUAGACGUCAAAUUCACCUGGAGAAAAUGGCUGCUUUGGAAGGUGAACUCUAUGGCAUUAUGCCUUAUUGAAUUUUCUCCCCCUUCCCAAGCCCCACCCUCCUUAGGUUCCACCUCCCAGAAUCUCCUGUUAUUUCCCAACCCAGAGCUGCCAACUCUAAUUUGAUUAUUUAGUUAAAAAUAAAAAAUAAAACAAGAAGAAGAAGAAUUGCAGAUUAUACCCCGCCCUUCUCCAUGACUUUAAGAACCCCGUGGUGCAGAGUGUUAAAGCGCAGUGCUGCAGUCCUAAGCUCUGCUCACAACCUGAGUUCGAUCCCUGGCGGAAGCUGGGUUUUCAGGUAGCCAGCUCGAAGUUGAAUCAGCCUUCCAUCCUUCUGAGGUCAGUAAAAUGAGUCCCCAGCUUGCUGGGGGAAAAGUGUAGAUGACUGGGGAAGGCAAUGGCAAACCACUCCGUAAAAAGUUUGCUGUGAAAACGUGAAAGCAACGUCACCCCAGAGUCGGAAAUGACUGGUGCUUGCACAGGGGAUCUUUCCUUUCCUUUUUCCUUCUCCCUGAAUCAGAGACUUAGAGUGGCUUACUAUCUCCCAUGUCUUCUCUGCCCACAACAGACACCCUGUGAGGUGGGUGGGGCUGAGAGGGCUCUCACAGCAGCUGCCCUUUCAAGGACAACCUCUGCCAGAGCUAUGGCUGACCCAAGGCCAUUCAGCAACUGCAAGUGGAGGCGUGGGGAAUCAAACCCAGUUCUCCCAGAUAAUCCACACACUUAACUACUACACCAAACUGGCUCUCAGUUGCCUUACAGAUUCCCCUGACAAAGCUGCAUGCAAAACGCAUAGGUUUUCCCAAGUGAAAUAAAAUUUCUUUCCCACUGCACCAACCAACUUUCGUCCCCCCACUUCUUGAUUCUGCUUUGGUGUGGCCCUCUUUUCUGCAUUCACCUCCCCUGAGCACUUAGGAACCAAAGGCCAAUUGUAAGGAGUGCAAACUAUACUUGGAGUCCAAUGAAGAAAGGGCAUCAGAGUUUGUUUGUUUGAAAUUUCCUAAAUACCUUUAAAUGCAAUAUUUCAAAUUUUGACAUUUCACAUUGCAAAAUGUGGCAGUUGAUGCAAAGUGACAAGAAAUUUCACUGAUGGUAUUCUGUUUGGCAUGGCGGUACUUCAAUCCUUGGAAAUAAGAUCUCAUUUCAUAAAGUAUCUUUAUUUUGCAAGGUAAUAGCACUCAUAUCUGCCCACCUGUAAGAAUGAUUGAGAGAGUCUACAGGAAAGACGGGAUAAUUUGAAACACCUACACGUUUUUGUUACUGCAACUGUAUAAUUAAAUACCUCCCCAAUGA